AUGGCAACAAAAAUAGUCGAAUUGCGGGGUGAUAUGGUGUUUUCCGCAUGUAUUGCACUCGACAAGCUGCAGGGAAGAAUGGAUACGGACAAUAUUCUCCUUGCUAGCUUGCCAUCGCUUCCACAGGAUUCUCCAGAAAAUUCACUUCGUACCAUCCCUGUGAUUUUACGUUGGAAUGACAUCCACCACCCGUCCAAGACUGCCAACGUCCAAGGGAGGGGUGGAGGUUUGGACAAUUCAACAGCACUGCGAAAAAACGAAAUUAAGGUUACGAAGAAACUAACCUGUGCCCACGGUAAUACUCUUAGGCCUGUGGGCGGCGAGGAGCUUUAUGUCCUGUGCUACCACAUUUACUACUACUGA